UCAAACCAAAACAGAAGUUUUCAGUGGCGGGAAAUUUAUUGAGCGUUACCUAAAUCAGCUUGUUUUCAAAGUAACGGAGUAAUUUAUCUCUAGAAACUCAGUUGAAUUUCAACUUUUAACAAACGUUGUAGACAGGCUUUUUCGAAGCACAUAUUUUUAGUUUUCUUUUUACUAACCCUGUGACGUGUGUUUGUCUUCGGGAAGAUUAUGAAAGGUGAAAUGGAUAAAAUCGUCUCCUUGGCUGAGGAAGAAAGUACAGCGGAACUCCAGAAGUACCUCUCCUCACUGACUAAUGACCAACUUAUAACUGCGACAACCAACAGUGCACUGAAGGGCAAGAAGGUCUGUUCUAUGAUUAAAGGGAUAUUUAAAGGAUCUCCACCUGUUUCCAGUGAAGGAGCAAAUCGCAGGCUCCUGGUGUAUGAGCAUCUCAUUCCUCUCUGUGAGUCUGGGGAUCUUCAGACGGAGGUGGCAGCUGAUAUCAUCGGUCUGCUGAUGCUGGAGACUCAUACAUUGCCUGGAUCAUCUCUUGCAAAACUGGCCAAUAUCUUCGUCGACGCCAUUAAAGUGGGGAAAAUGGGCAGCGGGAAAUCCCUGGAGCUGUUUCCUACCAUCCUCACUGCCCUUGCUGCAUGUGAAGCCUUGUCAUACGGCAAAGGGGAGCUGAGCGGUGAAGAAUACAAAAAGCAGCUCAUUAACAGCCUCUGCUCCAGCAGAUGGGAUCCACAGUGUGUUAUCCACUUGACAACUAUGUUUAGGGAUGUGCCCAUGUCAUCAGAGGAGCUGCAGUUUCUGGUUGAGAAAGUCCUGAGAAUGUUCUCCAAACUGGAUUUGCAGGAGAUCCCGCCACUGGUUUACCAGCUGCUGCUUUUAUCUGCUAAAGGUUGUAAGAAACAGAUUCUGGAUGGAAUCGUCAGAUACUUUAGGGACCAGGAUAUUCGCCAGGAAGAGGAGCAGAAAAAUGGAGAAAACCUGCAUCUAGAAGUUCAGACUAUCCCACAGGACCAGCUGAGGCAUGUAGAGGGAACCGUAAUUCUCCAUAUAGUUUUUGCCAUAAGAAUGGACCAUGAACUCGGGAGGGAGUUCCUGAAAAGCUUUAAGACGUCCUAUGGGAACCUGUGUCCUUUCAGCGUCGCCCUGUUGCUCUCUUUUGCACGUAUCCAGCGAUACGAGGAGCAGGUUUUUGACCUUUUGAAAGGGGCUGUAAUCAGGAGCUUUAAGGAUGAGCAGCUGCAGCAAGGGUCAAAGUUUCUACAAGACGUCCUGCCAGGUCACUGCAGUGUAGCGAAGAUGAUACUAGAUGCAGUGAAGAACAGUGUGUUUGGAUGGGAUCAUGUCACUCAAGGAUUGGUGCAGCUCGGGUUCGUUCUUAUGGACACCUUUGGACCCAAACCUGGACCAUUUGGCAAGUCCACAGAGGGACCCGUCAGCGCUGCCCGGACCCCCCAACAGCAGGCGUGCAAGUUGGGCGGACAGAUGCUCCUACAGGGCUUCAAAAUACACGAGCCAAUUAGAGGCGAGAUACUGGAGCAGGUCCUGAACCGUCUGGUCACAAAGACCGCCUCGCCUGUCACUCAUUACUUGGACCUUUUCUCUGACCUUGUGACCUCCGCUCCAAUGAUUCUCCUAGAGUCGUCCUCCAAGGUUACAGAGACGUUUGACCACUUGACCUACUUGCCUCUGGCCACCGUUCAAGGCCUGUUGAAAGCUGUCCAGCCGCUGCUUAAAGUCAGCAUGUCUCUGAAAGAUUCUCUGAUCUUGGUGCUUCGUAAGGCCAUGUUUUCCAGUCAGCUGGAUGGCAGGAAGUCAGCAGUGACUGGAUUUUUGCUGUUGCUGAAAAACUUUAAGGUUUUGGGUAGCUUGUCUUCAAGUCAGUGUAGCCAAGCUAUCUCCUCCAGCCAGGUCCAAGUGGAUGUUCACUCUCGCUACAACUCUGCUGCCAAUGAAGCCUUCUGCUUGGAGAUUCUCAGCAGCCUGCGUCGCUGCCUUGGUCAGCAGGCUGAUGUGAGGCUUAUGCUCUAUGAGGGUUUCUACGAUGUCCUACGUCGCAACUCUCAACUUGCGAGCUCCAUCAUGCAGACUCUUCUUUCACAGGUGAGGCGGUACUAUGAACCGGAACAGGAUCUGCUCCCCCCCAUCAAACUGGAGCCAUGCAUCACCGCUCACGGCGACCAGAUCUUCCUGCAGGAGCCACUGGCACAUUUAGUGAGCUGCACUGUUCACUGCCUGAUGUGGCUGCAGAAUGCACAGCGAGCUGCAAACCUUAACGCCGAUGAUAGCGACGAAGAGGAAGAGGAGGAGGGAUACAGAGCCGAAUUACAGGCGAUGCUGGAGAGCAUGACUAGACGCAUGAUCAAAUGUGAACUGGAGGACUUUGAACUGGACAAAUCUGCAGAGUUUUCUUUGGGAUCCAGCGUUGGAGUGAAGAAUAACAUCUACGCCGUGUUGGUGAUGGGACUAUAUGAAGUCCUGAUGGAGUAUAACUUCAUCAAAGCAAACUACAAUAAGAGCCGCUUCGAGGAGCUUCUUGAGCUCUUCAACAAGCACCACAAGCUGUCCGAGAUCUUGAAGGAGAAAUCUGGAAAGGGUCGAGCACCGUCACACAAGACUCCACGCAGUUUACUCUCCAUGGGCUUCGUCUCAACUCUCAUCACCGUCCUCUUCAGAGAUAACAGUCAAAGCAGAGAGGAGGCUCUGUCUGUGCUCCGAUCAAGCGGGGAGUUUGUGCGUUACGCUCUGUGUGUCGCGGUUCAGAAGAUCCAACAGCUGGAGGAAAGCGGUCACACGGACGGUCCAGAUGGGCAGCAUUCAGACAAGACCUUCCGCUUCCUCUGCGACAUGACUAGUGUGCUGAUGUGGCGUUACACUAAUAUCCCCGGUGCGGUGGAGGAGGCAGGGAGGAAGGAGAAGCGCUGCAGCUUGUCCCAGCUUUGUCUGGAGGGUCUGCUGCGGAUCUUCACCACCUGCCAGCAGCGUUACCCAGAGAGGAUGGCCCAGCUGCUUUCUACCAUGGACAUGGCAGAAGAUGAAGCUGAGCAGGACGAUGCUGCAGAGAUGAACUACUUUUACAUCAGACAGUUCCAGAGGGCGCUGUUCACUCAGUUGAGUGGAGGAGAGGAGGAAUUUAACAGCCGAGAAGCUCAGCUGCUGGUCAGCAUUUUGACCGUGCUUUCCCGUCAGCUGAAGCCCUCCUCUAAACAGUUUACUCAGAUGAUCACCUGGACAGUAAAGAUGUGCAAGGAAACUAGUUUUGAGGACUCUGCAUUCUGUAAGGGGCUCCUGUCCCUUCUCUUCAGCCUGCAGGUCCUCUACAAGAGUCAAACGGGCCUUUUGCUGGAGCUUUGUCAAGACAUUCACAGCCAGUUGGGAGAUAUUGAUCAGGAUGUGGAGGUGGAAAAACAGUCUCAUUUUAGCAUCAUCAACAUGAAAACAGCAAUGACUGCAGCACUGCUGGUCCUGUCUCAAGUUGACCGGGUUCUUGAUGAAGUAGACUGGCUUAUCGCCAGAAAGAAAACUCAAACAGCCUCUGAUAAACCUGCCUCUGCCGAGGCCUCCCAGGCUGCAGCUCAGCAGGAUCCAGUUGAGAAGGCAGUGACUCUGCAGCUGGGGACCCUCCUGACCGCAUUAAAUGAGCUGGUCCAGACGGCUCUGCUACCUGGAAACUGCACCAUAACACUGCUGAGAGAGCUGAGCCGUACUUACACCAUCCUCACCACCCUGGUUAAAUAUUAUAUCCAGAUAUGUGUCAGCCAGCACGGAUAUUUGCCAAAUAGAUUUGAAAAAUUGGUUAAACUCUCCGGUUCCCACCUGACGCCUCAAUGCUACUCCUUUAUAACAUAUGCCCAGAGUGGAGAGUCCAGCUUCGGGGAUGACAAGAAAAAAAAGAAGAGGAACGAGGUGAACACCGCUGCUUCGGCAAAGCUGCUGCGUGAAACAAAGGCCAUCCCCAACCUUAUCUUCAGCAUUGAGCAGUAUGAGAAAUACCUCAUCACACUCUCCAAGAAAUCAAAGGUCAAUCUGAUGCAGUACAUGAAGCUGAGCACUUCAAGAGAUUUCCGCAUCAACGCUGCUACCUUGGAUGCAGCUCUGCAGGAGCAGGAGGAACCAGAGGAGACUCAGGAGUCACAGGAAACAGAGGAGGCACAGGAGCCCAAACAGAAGAAGAGAAAACAGUGAUCUGGAAGGAUUUCUCCUCUCUGCAUCAUUAAACCCAACCUGUUGAUGUGUAAGAGGAGCAGCCCCAGAAGCUGCUACCUCCCUUUGCUCAGAGAGCCUUUGGUGAUGCUGAUGAUCUGGUAGAUGUCCAGGGCCUCGCCUGUGGGAAAUUUUGCACACUUUAUUUAAUAAGCAAUUACAGUUAUGUCACUUUGUUAUAAGACCAUUCUUAAAAUAUUAACAAAUCAGUUUAAACGGUAUUAAAAUUGGAAUUAGUUUUUCCUUAUUCUCCAUUGUUGAAAAAUGUGUAAAUAGUUUAGCUUGUUCUUUUCGAUCCCCUUAUAAACAUUCUCCUUUUAUUUGAGUAAAAAAAAAAAAAAAAAAACAGUAAAUGUGCUG